UAUCUCAAUACACUUGAAGAUGGCACUCGAAUUUGUAAAGCCUGUGAUAAAGAUAAAGGUGCUAUAGGUAGAUGGGGUUCACUCACGUUGUUAUCGACAGUAACGCGCUAUUUUGAACAAAAACAUCCAAAUACCUUUAGAGAAUUUCA